UAUAAGGAAAGAAAGGAGGGAAUGGAAAAAAUGUAUCUUUUGCUUCCUUCUUGCCCCACUUAAAAAAAAAAACCAGAGUCCGCAAUUUACAAAAGCAGAGAAGACAACAGCGUUCGCUGGUGGUUAGGUCGUUAAAAUCCAGCGGCGCCAUUAAAACGCUGCGUUUUUCUACUCGUCACCUUCUGUUUUCUUUUCUCCAAUUCUCAAGUCAUCGUUCAGUUCCUGCCAUUAAUGUCUCUCACUCCCUAAACCCUUAGUCUCCUCUCUCCCUCCCUUGAAAACCCUUAAAUGGAUCCUUGCCCUUUCGUCCGUCUCACGAUCGGAAACCUAGCUCUGAAAUCUCCUCAAGCGGCGAAGACGUCGAGCUCCGUCGUGCACCCCUCCUCCUCCACCGGUUUCUGCAAGAUUAAACUCAAAAACUUCCCGCCGCAGACCGCGGCCAUCCCCUACAUUCCCUCGGAGACCGCUCACUUCCCGGAGAUCCUCCAAACCCUAGCCGCCACGUUCCACCUCAGCAGCUCCGACGUCGCUCGCCUCGCGUCCAGAUCCAUCUUCGCCUCAAAGCCGUGCCUCAAGAUCACCGUCUACAGGGGGAGAGCCGGCGGCGCGUGCGGCGUGAACCCCGGCGGGUUCCUGGCGAAAGUCUCCGUGCCGUUGCUGGAUCUAGUUGCUGCUGCCACGCAGGGGAAGCAGUGCGUGUUCCACAACGGGUGGAUAUCGGUGGGGAAAGGAGCGGGGGGGAAAGAGUCGUCGACGACGACGACGACUCAGUUUCAUCUGAAUGUUAAGGCGGAGCCUGAUCCUAGGUUCGUGUUCCAGUUCGAGGGGGAGCCUGAGUGUAGUCCUCAGGUGGUUCAGAUUCAAGGGAGUAUACGUCAGCCGGUUUUCACUUGCAAAUUCAGUUGCCGGAACACCACCGGCGAUCGUACUAUGAGAUCGAGAUCGUUGCCGCCGGAGACAAGCGUUCCACGGAGCUGGCUUAACUCGUUCGGGAGCGAGAGAGAACGUCCCGGGAAAGAGCGUAAAGGAUGGUCCAUAACGGUCCACGAUUUGUCAGGCUCUCCAGUGGCUAUGGCUUCGAUCGUCACUCCCUUCGUUGCAUCUCCUGGAAGCGACCGUGUGAGCCGGUCGAACCCCGGUUCUUGGCUCAUCCUCCGUCCCGGGGACGGCACGUGGAAGCCGUGGGGGAGACUGGAGGCGUGGAGGGAGCGCGGGGGAGCCACCGACGGGCUCGGCUACAGGUUUGAGCUUAUCCCAGACGGUUCAAGCGGAGCAGGAAUCGUGCUUGUGGAAUCAACGAUAAGUUCUCACAGAGGUGGGAAGUUCUCUAUCGAACUGGGAUCGUCGCCGACAGCAGGUAGCGUGAGCAGAUCGAGGAGACGUAGCGGUGGAAGCAGCAGCAGCGGAGGUACGUCGCCGGCGAGCAGUCCGAGAGGAGGGAGCGGGGAUUAUGGGUACGGGUUGUGGUUGGGGAGUGGAUAUAAAGGGUUUGUGAUGUCAGCGAGUGUGGAAGGUGAAGGGAAGUGUAGUAAACCUUGUGUGGAGGUUAGUGUGCAGCACGUUAGCUGCAUGGAGGAUGCAGCUGCGUACGUGGCGCUUUCUGCAGCGAUUGAUCUUAGUAUGGAUGCUUGCAGGUUGUUUAAUCAACGGAUGAGGAAAGAGCUUUGCAGUGAGUCACUCGGUUGAAGAGGGAAAGAAAAAGAAAAUAAGGUUCCAUUUUUGUUUUUAAUCUUCUGGAAGUUUAGUGUUACAAAAAAUGGCCUUGGGAGUAUUUUCUUUUUGAAAAAAUCUUCUGGAAAAAGGCAUUUAACAAAAUAGGAUGUAUAUAGUGAGUUUCUUGUUUUUGGACUCUGUGUGGUUUCGGAUUGGCUUUUCACCAUUUUAUUUUUGGGUUUGGGUCUUACGAGUGAGGUGAAGAGUGAGUUUCUUUGUCACUCUUCUUUUUCCUUUGAUUUGAUUAUGUAACUGUAUAAAUUUAGAAGAAAAUCAUUUGGAAUUUCUGGAUGUAAAACACACAUGAGAUUGUUGCUCC